AGUGUAUUUACAAUAUAUGCCCUUUUCUGUUUUUUCAAGAGGUUGAUGUAUAACCUCUUUGCUUCAUUAUACAAAAACAGUAUGCAAAAUUUAUGUUAGUACCUUCUUAUGUUUUAUGUUGCUUCCAAAGUGUAAAUAUGUAGUCAGUGAAAAUAGAGAUUCCUUCCAAUCGAACAUCAUGGAAUUAUAUUAUUGGCCAGCAGAACUAAAAUGGGGAUUACCAUCAUUUGAUGUGACAUCUCUACAUGCAAUGACAUUCAUAAAGUUUACGAAAGCAGAAGUUGAUUUUAAACCCAUCAAACGAUCAUGGUUGAAGAAAAAAGGUAGCAUAUUACCCUGCCUGUAUACACAGAGUGGAGACGCUUACGAAGAUACUGAACAGAUAAUACAAUAUUUAAAAUUGAAAUACCACGAUCCAGACACUUGGUUGAACGCGGAUGACAAGCUUAACAUCUUGCCGUUUUCUGCACUUAUACAAGAUAAACUGCUACCUGCGGUCGUAGCCUUGUUUUGGUUGGAUAGCAGUAAUUAUACAGAGUUAACACGCGGAAUGUAUGCUUCGAAAUGUCAGUAUCCAUUGAACUUCUCUGUACCACAACGUAUGCAUGGUUUUAAUGAGCACAACUUAAAAGUUUUAAAAGGUGCAAGUAACGAAGAGAUUUCAACACUUCUGGAGAAUCUACAUAACGAUGCUCAGACAUCACUCAAUAUGUUUUCUGAAUUUCUUGGAGAAAAAGACUUUCUUUUUGGAGAAAAACCAUCUUCACUCGAUGCAUUGCUGUUCUCCAGUAUCGCUCCAUUAUAUAAAAUCCCGCUUCCAAGCGCGAAAUUGCAGAACCAUUUAAAAGCAUGUCCGAACUUGUGCCAAUACAUAAAUCGAAUUUUGCAAACAUUUUAUAAAGAAGAACUGAGAAGUCAAGUUUCACCAGACGCCAAAACAGACGAUGAUGAGUACAAAUAUGAUUGGGUGUUUCCUGUAUGUGUUGCUGCGGUUGCCAUGGUUUCAUAUGCGGCAAAUGCCGGAUUAUUACAAGUGACAAGAGUUUAAGAAAGUCGAAGAAAUGACAGAAAAAAUAUUCUUUCUAUAAUUUGUAUAAAGUUCAUAAAAUCUUGUCGUGGCCACAUUUCAGUACAAAGACAUUAUCGAGGUUAAAACAAAGAGAAAACUAUCAUUAUUCACAUCAAUCUUUUAAAAAGUUGGGAAAAAAUGUUCCACGCCCUUUUCACGUGUUCGCUUAAGUUAUUUUUCAUAUUGGUUUGCGCGAAAGAAGUCUGGUAUUGGUCGAUGACCUUGUGUGUCCAAUGAUUACUCUAUGACAUCUGAAUGCAAACGACCAAACAUAUUUUAGUAAAAGAUAUCUAUUAAAUCCAGAAGCUGUAACUUUAAGGAUAUUUUAUGGUCGAUAUGCCACUCCUGCA